GAGGCCGAGGAGGAAGAGGGGAGCAGCCGGGGCCGGGGGUGGCCGGGCAGGGCCCCGCGGGGGACCCGCUCUCAGCCGGUGGUGGUGCAGCUGCCAGAGGGGCCUGCCCCUACUCGGUGUCAUCGCCUCUGGGUAUUGUCCGGAACGCGGGCUCGUUAACCGGCGCGCAGCGCCAAUUCAUGCACCCAGGCGAGGUGAUGAAAAAAGCAGACAUGAUUAACAAAAAUAUGGUUCACCAGGUGCAGGCAGAGAGGGAUGCAUUGGCUCUCAGUAAAAGUCCGUUCAUUGUGCACUUAUACUACUCACUCCAGUCAGCAAACAACAUCUAUUUAGUGAUGGAGUACCUUAUUGGUGGAGAUGUCAAAUCUCUUCUCCAUAUUUAUGGAUAUUUUGAUGAAGAAAUGGCUGUUAAAUAUAUUUCGGAAGCAGCGUUGGCUCUUGACUAUCUUCAUAGACAUGGAAUAAUCCACAGGGAUUUGAAGCCAGACAAUAUGCUUAUUUCUAAUCAGGGACAUAUAAAGUUGACAGACUUUGGACUUUCCAGAGUUACUCUGAAUAGAGAGAUAAAUAUGAUAGAUAUCCUUACUACCCCAUCAAUGGCAAAGCCAAAACAGGACUACUCACGUACUCCAGGACAGUUGUUGUCUCUUAUCAGUUCUCUGGGCUUUCAUACUCCCCCUGUAGGAAUGAAAGUGCCAGGGCAAAAAUCAAGUCCAUCAUCUGACAGUCUGCAUGGAGUGGUUUCUCCUGUCCCUAUGGCCCAAAAGGAAAAUACCCCUCUUUCAACCAAAUUAUUCAAAACACAUCUGGAUAAUUCUCAAUUAACACCUGUGAUGCCAGCGAGGAGUUUAACUCCUACUCUGCUUCAGUCAAGAAACAGGUUUGGUACCUCCAGCCUCAGUAGUCAGUCUCACACAAACCUGUCCAGUGUGGAAUCAGAAAACUGUAGCAGCCCCAGAUGGGGGAAAGAUGUAGAGCAAAGUGAAGAUGAACCUCGAUCUGCAACAUGCAAAACCAGUACCAGUGGGUCAGCUCUCCUUUCAAAUAUUACGUUGCCAAAUAGCAAAGGUACUGAAGUUUUAAAGAAAGAAGAACUUGAGUCUGCCAUUUCUCCCAUUGCCAGCAAUGAUUCUGGCAGUAGGGAGAAGUUGGAAAGUGGGCAUUUGAGUAUAACAGAUACUCCUGUGAGCACUCUGGAUGUGAAAGGUGUAGUAAGAAAGUGUAUUUCUGAAAAUAAGAUUUGGAAAGAAAAAGUCUGUGUAAAUAAAAGAGACAUGACUUACGAAACAUCACAGACUUCCAGACUACGACAGUCACUUUCAAGGCAGAAUGAGCCUGUCAAAGAAGAAGAAAUGUUUGAAAAGCCAGGUGUAAAAAGAAGCUUUGAAUCAGUUGACACUAGUCCUUGUCAGGAACUUAACUAUGUUAAAAAAAGCAAUGCAGAAUAUAAACGUGGCUGUCAGAUCUCAGAAUUUCCAACAAACAAAGGGACAGGUUUGACAACAGAAAUUCAAUCCUUAAUGCUUUGUAAUGACAGAUGCCUAUCUGACACCUGCAAAAGCAAGGAAGAAGUUGGGAGUUUUAUUAGUAACCAAGAAACAGUAGAAAGAUCGCUUACUCCAACUGUAGCUAAAAAUCUUAUGUGUGAUCUGGAUGCAGACUGUGGAAAGGAUGAUGAAAAGGAGUACCUGAACUCAAGUUUUUUAGGCACUGAUGAUGAAAAACGUUUAGGUGUCUUCAGUGCAGAUUCUGACUUACUUCCUGAAGUGUCUGUUACAGAAAGCCAUCUAGAAAAACAGCUUUUAGAUUUGGACAGAAGUGUUAAAGACCUCUCCUUUGAGGAACCAAAAUCUGAAGGUGUGCUAAUAACAUCACCAGAGUCCCAAGGUGUCUCACAGAAUGGAGAGGAGGCACAUACAGUCCAGGACUGCAAGCCAUUACAUCAGAAAAAGGAUAAUGACCAGAAACACAUGGAAGAAACUUACCUUGACACAGUAUCUUCUCCUUCAGAAAAGAUGAUGGAAGCACUGAGUCUCUUAAAAAAAAAUGCUGUUGUUUUUCGGAGUUAUAAUAGUCCAAUCAAUGUAUCCAAUAUAUCUGAGCCAUGCAGCAUGACUUCCUUAGAUAUAACGGAUCUUUCACCUGCUUGCAGUGGCUCUUACCCAACAGCUAUCACUCCAUUACAGAAAGGAAGACCAUAUCACAUCUAUCAGACCCCUCAUCGAGGGGAUGCUGGCACACCGUACAGAACUCCAAAGAGUGUUCGAAGAGGAGCUGCUCCCGUAGAAGGUGAACGUAUCCUGGGGACUCCAGACUACCUGGCACCUGAGCUGCUUUUGACACAGCCUCAUGGUUCUGCUGUAGACUGGUGGGCCCUUGGAGUUUGUCUGUUUGAGUUUCUAACCGGAAUUCCACCUUUUAAUGAUGAAACACCAACACAGGUCUUCCAAAAUAUUUUGAAAAGAGAUAUUCCCUGGCCUGAGGGUGAAGAAAAGCUGUCUGAAAAUGCCCAGAAUGCAAUAGGUAUUCUUCUAACAAUUGACACUACUAAGAGAGCUGGACUGAAGGAACUGAAGCAUCACCCACUCUUUCACGGGGUGGACUGGGAUAAUCUCCAGAAUCAAACCAUGCCAUUUAUACCUCAGCCGGAUGAUGAGACUGACACCUCUUACUUUGAAGCUAGAAACAAUGCUCAGCACCUGACUGUGUCUGGAUUUAGCUUAUAGCAUCAAGAUAAGUGAACAUUCUCCAUAGUUUUGCACACUUACAGAUUGUCUUGUAACCCUGGUUUGAUCUUGACUAAGUUUCUUUGCUGAAUUUAGUGUGUUUCAAGUUACCAGUCUAUUUUUAUUAUGGGUUCCUUUAUGCUAAAGUGAAACUACUGUAUGAAACUGGUAUCAAGUGCCUUUGUGCUACUUUUUAUCUCACUGCACCUUACUAAGAGGCCAGAGCAUUGCAUUUCUUGGAGCUAAUAACUCUCGGGGCUUUUUAAUAGCAAUGAAUUAUUCCAUUUAGGAAGUGUGGAGUUAUUUCCCAGCUAAACAUAAUGGGAAAAGGAUAUAAAGGAAUUGUAAUUGUAUCUAAUUAAUAACUUACAUACUGGUGGUUCAGUGUGGCAGCAAGCUGGUUUGAGAGCAGGCCUUUCUGACCAUUGUAAAUAUAUAUCUACUGUGUAAAACUGGUCAUUUCUAUUCAAGGUGGAAAAUUGAAAUAUUAAUGCAGCAUUGAAAUGUCUUGUCUCCUGUUUGUCUUAUUGCCAAGAAGGGAUGAGAAGAUACAAUGGUGUUGUGCUAGAAGUGGCACAUGAGAUUGGCAGGAGUUCCUCUGGUUAUUAUCGUGUCUUAGAGAAACGGGACAAGGAGAGGAUACUUGGGGCAAGUCUGUUAAUGCUCUGCUCACGUUGCUGAGUUGUAACCACUUGGGCUGUAGGAAGCUGGACUGAACAUACAUUUUAGGAGUUACUAGCUUUAUAUAGAAAAUGGCCAGUGUGUGUGUACACUCACUUGUGUCAGAUGAAAAGUGACAGGUGAUUUUUUUGUUUUCUAACAAGUACUAUUCAUACUGAAGCUGACAAAUAUUAAAGACCAUAAUAUAUUGUAGGCUAACAGACUGUUCUGUAAACCCACAGCCAGAGCAUAGAUUUUGACUAGAAUAUAAGAUAGAAGUGUAUAUUCUGUAUAAACCUGAAUUAGGGGGAAGUAUAUUUAAAUUUAUCUUUAAUUCCAAUAUAAAACUUGUGUCUUCUGCGUUUUAGAGGUUUAUUUGUAGAUAAUCCUGUUUAAAUAAUCUUCAGUAUUUUUCUUGCAUAGGUAUCUAACUUAAAGAUUUUAAUUUUUUAGGUUAAUACAUGUUAGAUAAAGAUCAUUUGUGCUAGAUGGUGUUGUCAGCCAAGGGCCAUGUGCCAGAAGCCGAGCAUUUUGCCAGUGAUUUUUGCCAAGUGCCUUUUGGUUUCAUGAAGUGACUCUUCCUGUAGCGGUAGUGAGUUGUCCCUUCAUUACCCUGCUUCUUGGAAGACAAGAUUUAUUGAUGGAAUUCUGAGCAAAUAGUGUCUGCCAGGCUGUCCUCUCAGGUUGCUGAGAAAGGAAUGGGAAUGGUGAAGAAAAAGGAAGUUUCCUAGAAAGGCCUGAAGAGCUCAGAAUGACCAAUUCCAGCUCUUGGUGUGAUAACUCAAAUUUGUGAAACAGAAUUUUGGCAAGUUGCAAAGCAUACAGUGAAUCUCACUCCCUUUGCUAAGGACUGCACUUUCAGAAAACUUCUAAAAUUGUUCAGUCUCACUGGAAUUGUUACAUGAUGGAAAACAAAUUAAAGCACUACUGAAGCAGUAUUCAUAGACAACAUUCUCUGAAAGUCACGAGAAGUUCUACAGUGGUUUUCAUGUUAGAAUAUAUAAACUGGGGUAAGAAGAUACCUUAAUCACUGGUAGUUUAUGCAAUUUAUUCUUCCAUUUCUAGUACUUUAGUUUAAGAAAGCAAGUCUUACAAGAAUUAACUAUGAUUACAUGUUGAAGAAAUAAUAUAAACUGAACACAACAGGUUUUUGUCUUCAGUGCUUUACAAAUGGUUACACCUGUUCCCAUUUGGCAGUAUAACACAUUCCCAUCAAGGCGGAAGAAAAUCCUUGCACUGGUAUAAUCUUUUCUAACCCCUUGUAAUAGUUCUUAAUCAUCUACAAGGGUCAAGUAAGCUUCUAUAAAAACGUUAUCCUAAAAGAAAAUUGUGGGGUUUCUACCAGUUGAUUAAUGCAGUACAAAAGCAUAGAAUCUGUAGAACAGUAAAUAGGCCAAUUGACAAAUCUUAAUGUUUGAUAUAAAGUUAUCACUACACUGCUGUCCAAAAUUUAAAUUUCACACAAUUAGCCCUGAAAAUACUGCAAUACCCUGCUCUCUUUAUUAUCUUGCAUUUAUCCUGGUCAUAGCAAACAUGGAAUUAAAUGUCAGAUAUUGAUUGUUGAGAUUUGUGAUGUAGUUUUGCUUGUUGUGGGGUGUUUUUGGUUUGUGGGGCUUUUUUGUAAAAAGGUGAAUAGUGGCUUUAUUGUUCAAGAUGGAAUUCCUUAUCAUUCCCAUUUGUUUUGUCCCACUUGUUACUUCAACAAGUGAGAGAUACUACAGGUAAAAGUUUAAAAUGUAUAAUGUAGUAGCUGGAAGAGAUUUAGUGUUUCUUCUCAGUAGCAAUGAUCUACAAAUUUUGGCCUGCAAAAGUUUCUGAUCCUUAGAAGCUGUGGAAUACCACUUGGCAAGUGCUCCAGCUGUUACACGGGGCUUCCUGAAGGCCUAAACUUUCUUUAUGUGCAUAGUACAUUUAAACUCUGUAGGCUUCCAGGUUAUCUUGGGAGACAGUUGAUCAGCCAUUAGCACAGUCCAUCUGAGAACUACUGGAGAGAUCAGUGUUGCACUUUGAUGCACAGAAGCAGCAAUCUUGGACAGUUAUUCCCAGCCCUUAGGUGCCUGGAGGCUGAGGUGCUGAAGUGCUGCCAUGUGUUGUUGAGCUCAGAGGCUCCAGUUUCAGCAUGGUCAGGUUUACCCAUGGUUACUCUGGCAAUAAAAUUCUUUUCAUCUCUACUCCAUUCUCCAAAAGUUCACUUUGCACUUACUUUAAAAUUCAUACUUCAAAAAAUUACUUUACAUUUGUGUAAAUAUAUAAAAUAAAAUAGUACAGCUGUGCUAUUGCUUCUGCA